AUGGUACGCGUAUCGGCUUUUUUAUUCAUUUUUUUUUUCAGAGUAACCGAAACGAACAUUGCACAUAAAACAUCCGAGCAGGAGAAACUGCAAAAAAUUCGCAAAGAUUUUAUAAAACGUCCUCCAAAAAAAAUUCUUACAUUCAAAGAAAACAUCAAAGAGGAAGAAGAGGAAGUAGAAGAAACAGAUGAAAGGAAAAGAAAAACAAAAGCAAACAUUCCACCACCCUACGAUCAGUACUAUGAUUACGAAUGGUUUCCAAAGAGCGUCGGCUUUAACACCAGCACAAUAGUUCAUGCACUUUUAUCCCAAAUGAAUCCUGAUGAACCAAUGAUUUUUAAAGAUAUUCUGGCAUGUUUUGUCGACAUUCAUCGAGUCUGCGGAAUUUAUGGUAGUUGUUUUGACAAGAUCGUAGAAGCUCUUUUUCCUUUAAUCGAUCAUUCUUCCGCGCAAAUACGUCAUUUCACUGUUAAAGUGUUAUGUGCGUUGGGCGUUAAUAGAAAGAAAGUGGUUCUUAAAUUGGUAUCAAAGUUGGAUGAUCCUGUGUCAGUCGUACGGGAGGAGGUGAAGAUAGCAAUAGAUAAAAUGGCCGGUAUCACUAAUGCAGACACAUUAGUUUCUUCCCUGAGACAAUAUGGAGCUUUAAUAGAAGAGCAGAGAUCGGAUGACCGAGAAGUGUUGGAACAAUUUCGAGAAACCAUCACAGCACGAAAGGAUUCUUUACGAGAAAGGUUGACCGCAUUUUAUGCAAAUUACGCCGAGCGAGAUGCAAGAAUUACGCAUUGGCUAAAUGAAAUGAAUAGACCAAACCCAGCGAAAAAAGUACGAAAGCGAUUUUCAAAGAGUUCGGCCGAAGCAUCCUUUAAUAUUCACGAAAAUCAAAAGGCUAAAAGAAAAACACAACCCGGUGGUAAAAGUUCGCAUGAAGAGGAAAUAAAGCUAUCAGUUUAUGGUGGAAGCUCAUCUUUGGUGAAUAUAGAGAGCUCACAAAACCAACAGAAGGAUGAUAUCGCAGAUGAAAUUAAUUAUAACGAUACAACGCAAGUAAACGCUUUCGCAUUGGAAACAGGUGAUAUUGUAGACGUAAGUUCUCCUACUCAACAUAGUGAUGGUGGAAGUGACAGCCUAACAAAAGAAAGAAAACGCGAUGCAAUUUACACCAAUGAAAACAUUGAACACGUAAUGCCUUCCAAUGACAACGAAAAUGAAAGAAUGAAAUUUCAGUUGUAUAGCAAAGCCACAAUACCACCUGCUGGUACAAAUGCAGCGUUUAAAAUACCUACUACAACAAACAAAGUGGACCCUUCUUCAACCAACACAGCUGAGGUUGAUUUACAAUUUGCUGCAAAAAUGUAUGGUAGCACAAAGUAUUAUAAUGAACAUCCUGACAAGGCAAUGAGAACGAGGUUAUCGGAGGAUAUAUCUUCGAUAUCCCAUCAAACGUCGUUGACGAGCGGGCAAAACUAUGGAGAAAAAGAGCUCCGUGAUGAAAAGAGUUUGCCAUGUGACUGGAGAACAUAUCUCAAUAUGAUUCUUCACAGAUACAAAUCAAGUACAGAGGUUAAUAUUUCAAGUUUUAAAUUUAUUUUAUUACACAAAAAUUGUUAAAACCUAACGACGGCU